AAGAGACUUUCUCCAUUAGUCGUGCGCAUACACCUCCUUUGGUUGUCUGAGUUUGGUGCUUAAUAAUUUGAAUUGUGGAAAUUUAGUUUCAAGUGUUUUAUCCUUUAAGGAUGUACGGUGCCAAGGAAUUAUGUGCAGUGCUGCUGCUUACAACUAUUUUCAGUUUUGAAUUUGGUGCUCCGAUUCUUGUGCCAGCACUAACGAUUAAUUCGGCUGAAUGGCAAAGUUAUGUUAACACUUAUGGAAAAACGUACACCACCUAUCCAGAAUCAUACGCGGUAUUCUAUUACAACUACAACAACAAGUUGAUAACGGCGCACAACUUGCAAGCGGAUAGGAAUCCAAAUACUGUCACAUACAGAUUAGGUGUAAAUCAAUUUACCGACAUGCGUUUGAUACAUUUCAGUGCAUUAUUCCCCAAAACUACACUACCAACAACGGCCCCAUCAGCAACACAACCGCCUACAGUACAAGCUUCCUCACCGUCAUUCGACUUUAUAACAGAUCUACAAUUAAACAUAACCGUUGAAGAUCAAGGAACUGUUUGUAAUAGCGGUUGGGCCUAUGCUACAGCCAAAGCCAUUGAAGUGUAUGCUGCAAGUUUAGCUGUGUCUACAGAACGGUUUUCUGCGCAAAAUUUAAUCGAUUGCGCCGGUUCUGGCAUCGGUUGUACGAGACAAGUUGCGCAAACAGCUUUCGAAUAUCUUGUCGGUUUUCAACAACCAUUGUAUACGGUAACAGAUUAUCCAGAUAAUAACCGGCUAACAACUCAAGGCAUGUGUGUACCACCCACAACAGCGACAGGUACACCCAUCAAUUUGGCUUCGUAUUCGCGAAUUGAUAAUCCCGAUGAUGAUACUAUUAUGCAAUAUGUGUCAGCUCAAUUUCCCGUAGUCAUCGAAUAUGAUCCGACUUCUUUUGAUUUUAUGCAGUAUAGAUCGGGCAUAUUCCAACAGCCACGCACCAAAGGUGGUUCCCACUAUAUGACAGUUGUGGGCUACGGUACGGAUACAACUACAAAUCUAAAUUACUGGUUGGUACUGAACUCAUUUGGCACUACUUGGGGUGAAAACGGCUAUAUUCGUAUAAUACGUCAGUCGACUAGGCCAUUAACUAAGGUAGCUCUCUUCCCAACUGCAUUCGGACCAUAAGAGAGACGAGCUAAGGCAACUUUUUAGAUUAAUAUUUAAGCAAUAUUAUUUAUAAUACUAAAUAAAAUAACUGUAAUAAUAAAAACUUUUGAA